AUGGUACCUCCCAACACCUACAAUCCUUCUAUCACGACUUUCUAUCCUGAAGAAAGAGCGCCAAAUGGCAGCAAUCAAGCUCAGGUUCGAAGAACAUCAUCUCGACAUCAGAACAAGUAUCAUCACAUCCAAACGCAACCCUCACAAUCCGCCUCACAACGCCAAUCCCUUGAUUAUGAUGAGGGCAUCAUCUCCAACGAUGAUGCAAGCGAUGUUGAGAUCACCUUGAACAGUUCCUCUAAUCUUGUCAAGUACAACCGAGGUACAAACGAUGAAGGUCUCAAGCAUCAAUUCAACAAACACAACAAACUGGACAAUCAAGGUGGUUUCGAUGGAACAACGUAUGAUUUAGGUCCUGUUCACGACGUAACGCCCUACUCUGACGUUCGAUCUCGCCCUCGUUUGGUCGACUUCGGUGUCGGGGCUGUCAACCGCCAUCUCAACAGCGGCACCAUCUCUCGAGAGUCAACACUCACUGCGAAUCCAUUCAAAGAACCAAGGAAUCAUAGAGCUAUGUCUUAUGCCAAAGGCUUCAUCACUUCGCCAAUUGACGAAACAUCUGUGACAACCACAUCGGCGAAUGGUUCUACUCGUGAACCUCACACAGGCACGACUCUUCACCAACAUCCAUCCCAAAAUCCUGCUACAACAGCUCAAAAUUCCAUUCCGAAAGCUUCUCAACUGCUCACUACACCCACUCAAACUAUGAAUUAUUCGCAGUCUUCUGGUCAACCUAUCAUGCACAGGAACGUUCUUCCUAACCUCAACCGGUUCGCUAGUGCCGAAUAUAUUGCUGCUGUCAUCGCGACUUCUCCACCCACUUUGGAUGAACAGGAUCUCCCGAUCACACGAUCAUUCUCCUUUGCAUCACCACCUUAUUCUGAUCAAGACAUUCCAGCGCCUAUACCAUACAACUCAGAAUACCCUCACCCACUUACCGCUUAUGCUUCCCCUCGUGUCAACGCAGAGGUUGUCAGGAAAAGUGGAUUCGACAAACUCCUUCAACAUCUUGUUGAAACCGACUUACCACUCGCUUUAGGUUCAAGGUUGUAUGAUGCUGGUUUCCGAGAUCUCGAAUCAAGCGUUUACCUUUUCUUCUCUUUCGAAGGUACUCAAGGUAACGGCAUUCCGGAAAGUCUUUGGUCCAAACUUGAAUCCACCACCUCAGCUCGAUUGCCAGCUGGUCAAUUGCCUUUGGGCAUCGCCGGUGUAAGUCCCUUUGUGGAAUCAAAUCUCGAUAUGCCACCAAGAUUUGCUCAAAUUCAAUCGAACCACCAAGCUACCAUCCAACAUGGAAUGCUUACUCCACCAAGCUCCGUUGGAGAAAACGAUUAUUUUCCCAAAGCCUUGGUUUCUUCUGGCUACAAUCACGAAUACGAUCUUACUCCUCGAGCGUCUUCACAUCACCAUCUGAUCAGACAAGCUGCCUCAAUGGGCCAUGUAAGAUAUCCUCCACAUGAUUCUGAGUUUAAUCAACAACAAUAUCAAAGAUCUAUAUCACAAACUCAUCCUCAAACCAUACCGCCUUUUACCCAUCAACAAGGUGUCAAUUCUAUUCCUGGUGAUUUUACAACAAUCUCGCCCUUUUUCAAGACCGAACUCUGUGCAGCCUGGGAGCAGGGUCGCCAUUGUAAGUAUGGUGGUCAGUGCCAAUAUGCCCACGGAUACGAUGAGCUUCGACAUGCUCAUCAUCCUCGACACGUUGAGGAAUCGUCUACAUCGAGUCAUGGUGCAUUCGUACUUUCUAGAAAUCCACAAAUCGUCGAAACCUACGGAAUGGUCUCCCCUUCUGUUUCCAGGUCUCGAUCAAACCAGCCUCAUCCGAGAGUAGCCGCAAUCGCUACUCACCAAAUCCACCCUCAUCCCCGAGUUGAGCCAAGACGAGCCUCCUGCCCACCUCAACAACUCCCAACUCUUCCGGAGCACGAUCAUCUUAUUCCUCUUCCUUCUCGGCAGCAAUGCUUGACCAUUCCAGCUCCGAUUGGAGCUGAAAGGCCAAUCAUUUCUACCCCAUCGUCUGUCGCCAUCAUGAAGUCUUCCCGCUCCUCGAUCGAGACGUGGGAAGACAUGCCACCUUUCAUUCUCGCUGGAUCCAGUACCGAUUCAUCGAGUCUUUCCACCUCGUCAGACUCGACCAGAAGUAUCGGAAUGGUAUACAGCGAGAGCAGUGCUAUCGUUGGUGGUGAUGCCGGAAGAAGGCCUAUCCAAAAUCGAGAUGAUCUUGCUCUCCCUAUCCUUAGUCUCUCGGCCGGUAAUUCAAUCUGGAGAUGA